AUGAAGCUAUUGAACGAUUGGGAGAAAGAAGAGAUAAUCCAUAAAAGCAAAAUAGUAAAUUUCGACUUCCUAGAAAAAAAAGACUUCAUCAGCGAGGUUAAAGACGGAUUCUAUUAUCUCUCCAAGGAUAUCAAGGCGGUUGAGACCGAACUAUGGAAGAAGGCCAACGAUGAGUUAGCAGACCACUUAGAUAUAAAGGACAUAGAUAAAGAGAUCAAAAGAUUCAUAUUUCUUCUGAACAGAUAUAAUGAAAUCAAAGACAUAGGACAGGAACUCAUUGGUAGAAUAGCCAGCCUAAGACAGACCACUGCUCGAGAUAUUCAUGAGGAACUAGGGAUGGAGACUGAACUGUAG